AUGGAAGCCUCGUGGUCCGACAAUCCCACGGAGCGCGAGUACUCGUUCGAAGCCGAUGUCUACUUGUCGGCCAAGACGAUCGCAGCGCUGAAGAAGCCUGCCGGGCACCGCAAGAAGAAUGAGAAGAGGGAUUCGCGAGCCAUGUCCUCCCUAGCGGAGGAUGCUCAGAAGAAGGUCAAGGAGAAAUCAUCCUGGCUGAACCUUGCGAGAGGUAGCAAUAUCGAAAGCUGGAGGCAGGCUACAUGUCGCUUGACUGAAGAGGGUGACAACUGUAAUCUCAGGGUCUUCCUGAACGACCUUACAUUGCUGCAGACUAUACAUGUCCAUACGCUUCAAACUACCAGCAUCCGUCCCGGAGAUCGAUCGCUUUUCCUGCGCGACCAUGUACUAGGGCUGCAUUGUACAUCACCGCAUCAGCGCAGGACGGCAACGCACACGACAGAACCUUUAUACUUUGCGCUGUCAUCUCAUGAUUCGCUGCUCACAUGGAUGGCUAUCUUACGUUCAUACGCCGUCCCCGAAAUCUACGGGUCCAAUACGUCUCCAGAAGGCGGCAUGUAUCGUAUCUGGCGCCAGGUGGAUCUACACAUCGCUCAAGGGCGCAACUUCAGCGGGUCUAGAUCUAUCCCUAGCUCAUCCUCUCCUUCUGAACCUGGUAGAGAUGGGAAUGAGCCAGAGGCGGUUGACCUCGACCUUUACUGCGAGGUCUACAUCAGUCGUCAGCUCUCCGCAAGGACCAUUGUCAAACGCAGUCUCGGCUCACCCGAGUGGCACGAGCGUUUCACAUUCCCCGAUUUGCCACAAUUCGAUUACUUGCUGGUCGUCGUCUGGCAAGAGAAGCGAGGCAUCAAGCCCACACUCGUCGGAAGUGUGGAUAUUUCAUUAACGAACUUCCGCCGAGGGUCUCUCGUGGAUGGCUGGUUCCCUGUGUUAUAUGGAAGCUCCAGUCACGUCAACGCCCCUCUUCAGGUUGGCCAGCUCCGUCUUAGGGUUCAAGUUCAAGAAGAAGUUAUUCUUCCUCAGGCAGCGUAUAAUCGCGUUCUGGACGUCUUGGACGGGCGUAACUACCUCGAUUGGACCGUCGAUUUCGAGACAAAUCUGGGCAUCAAGACUGUCUCGAGCACGCUCACUGCCAUUGCUAUGGCACGACACAUGCUUCUAGGGCACUUACUUGCGGUUGCUCAACGCGAUAUCGACGGCGACGCGAACGCUCAGACCCUGUUCCGCGGCAACACCGCGCUAACGAAGACGGCGGAGCUAACUAUGGGUUGGUACGGCAGAACAUGGCUAGAGCAAAGUCUCGGCAACUCCAUACGCCGGCUCUGCGUGGAGAACGUGUGUCUUGAGACCGACCCUACUCGAGGUGGCACGUCUAGGGAUGUUACAAACCUUCUGCAGUGGUGUUCGGAGUUUUGGAGGGAGAUAUAUGAUGCACGAUACGAGUGCCCUUUGGAGCUCAAGCGACUAUUCAAUCGUGUGCGCGAGUUGGUUGUAGAGCGUUAUCCUGAACAGAAGGAGCUACAGUGGCAGGCCGUCAAUGCCUUCUGCUUCUUGCGUUAUCUCGUGCCUGCAAUCCUUCACCCGCAACUGAACGGAUUAUACCCCGCGCCGUUGGAUGCGCGCGUCCAGCGCACUCUCACGCUGAUCGCCAAGACUCUGCAGAGUUUGGCCAAUCUUAAAGUCGAGGUCCAGAAGGAGGAGUACAUGGCGCCAGUCAAGACGUUCCUUCAAGAGACACAACCGCAGAUGCUGGACUACAUUCUGGUCGUGUCGUCACUAAAUGACGCGAAUCGCAUGAUGCCACGUACAGAAGAGCAGACUACGCGGCAACGCGCCGAGCGCGCACUCAAAGACCGCAAGCGACGCAUGCCUACGUUGCAGGCAGAGGCAUUACCUCUUCCGCCUCGUGCUGUCGACGUUCCGCGCCACCUCGCCAUCGUGAGCGCUGCGCUCGUGCGUCGGCCGGAGGCCCUUAAGUCCGAAGCGCAGCCCCCGCACUUGGAGAAGUUAUGCGCUCGCUUCGCGGACGUCGAGCGGGAGGCUCUCUUCAGAGUCUCGUCCUUGGCUACUGCUCCUAGUAUGGACAAUUUCUCCUUUGCUACAUCCACUGCAUCAGCCACGGCGCAAUCGAUGUCUUCCGACGCUUAUACUCCUGGGAGCGAAAAACCUGCGAGACGCAAAAAGCCCUCUUUACGUGUACGGCCCACGACGGCCCCAGGAAGAUCAUCGCAGCAGCACCAGCAAGAGACGUCAGAGUCUUCGGCUGCGUCGGCCCGGCCAUCAACAGCUAAGCCAACGAAGCGUACGUCAACAGCCCCGCGGCCGACGCACGGCCGUACUUUAUCAUCAAGCUCCCUGUCGGGCGUCGGCUCUACGGAUUCUGGGCUCAACUCACAACCGUCUUCCCCUGUGGCCGGCACCGACGAGAUAGCGAAGGCGAAGCGCAACAACUUCUUGCGCAGUUGGGGUCGAAAGUGA